AUGUUGCAAGUUCUGGCCGGCGGUGUGGUGCUUUUCCCCGGGCUGUUUUUCGUCUUGCGGAGGAUUCUGCCGUCUGUUUUCAAGCAGUGGACCGAUGCCGAUGUGGUCCUCGUCAGCGAGAGGCUGGUGUCCUCCAUCCAUGCAGUCCUGGCCACCACAGCAGGAGUCAUAGUUGUGUCAUCAUGCCAGGGUAACGUCAUUAAUGACAGACACUGGCUGGCCACCUACUUUGUCAUCUGGUAUGGUGUGCCAUACAUGACCUAUGACAUUUAUGCAAUGUACCUCAGUCACUACUACCGCUUCCAGGUGAAAGGGCAUGAGGAGUACAAGCAGCACUCGCUGAAGACAGUCAACUCCUUUGUCCGCAGAGAGUGUCUCCUGGUUCUCCACCACAUCGCACUGCUCACCAUUCUGCUUCCUGUCACACUGUUCUUCAGAAAGGACCAGGGAGACUUUUUCAUCGGCUGCCUGUUUCUGACAGAGCUCAGCACGCCCUUCGUCUCCCUCGGGAAAAUACUUAUUCAGCUCAGUCUCCAGGACUGUUGGCUGCACAAAGCCAAUGGCUUCAUGGUGCUGCUGACCUUCUUCAUGUGCCGCAUCGCCCUUUUCCCUUACAUGUACUGGGUGUAUGGUCGCCACUACGGCAUCCCGAUGUACAACGUGCCCUUUCACCUGCCGCUGUCCACCAAUCUGGGCAACUCCUGCAUCCUGGCACCACAGAUCUACUGGUUCGUCCUGCUAUGCCGCAAGGGCUACCGUCUGUACCAGCGCAGUCGGUGUAGGCAGGACACGUCUCCUACUUCCGCCGUCACAGACAAUGCCAAGGGCGAGUGAGCGGCAGUAAAGUGAUCGA